AAACACACGUUGUAAAAAAUAACCACCGCAUUUUUAGUACGCCAGUCCCCUAUUGAUGACGUAAGGUCAAGCGCUGUCACAAACACAGAAACAGAAAAAAAACUAGACGGAGCUGGAAUGAAAGACAGGUAACCGGAUUUUUUUUGGAAGAAGGGAGGAACAUAGACAACCAGAGAGACCCUCCUCUCUUGUUAAACACCACAAUCAGCGGGGAGGAACGAGGCCACGGAUGAAGCAUGGCCGGGGUGUUCGAUAUCGACCUGGAGUCCGAGGACGUCAGCGAUGCAGAGGAGGAAGUGUGUGACUUUCCUGUGGCAGAGAGUGAGCCGGGUCAGACGGAGGAGGUGGAGCUGACGGGGGCCAGUGUGAACCGGGACAGUGAGAGGGUCGGGCCUGAAUGCUUCGAGCUGCUGACAGUGCUGGGGAAGGGGGGUUAUGGCAAGGUCUUCCAAGUGAGGAAAGUACAGGGCUCCCAGACUGGGAAAAUAUUUGCCAUGAAAGUCCUGAAGAAGGCGAAGAUCGUGUGCAACGCCAAGGACACGGCGCACACGCGCGCAGAGAGAGAGAUUCUGGAGACCGUCAGACACCCCUUCAUUGUGGAUCUGCUGUAUGCCUUCCAGACCGGCGGCAAGCUCUACCUCAUCCUGGAGUGUCUGAGCGGUGGGGAGCUGUUUAUGCAGCUGGAGAAAGAAGGGAUAUUCAUGGAAGACACGGCCUGUUUUUACCUGGGGGAGAUCACGCUGGCUCUGGGACACCUGCACUCUAAUGGGAUCAUAUACAGAGACCUGAAGCCUGAGAACAUCAUGCUCAACCACCAAGGACACAUCAAGCUGACCGAUUUCGGCCUGUGCAAGGAGUCCAUUCAUGAUGGGGUGGUCACACACACCUUCUGCGGGACCAUAGAGUACAUGGCUCCUGAGAUCCUGAUGCGCUCGGGCCACAACAAAGCGGUGGACUGGUGGAGUCUGGGAGCACUGAUGUACGACAUGAUGACCGGAUCGCCCCCCUUCACUGCAGAGAACAGGAAGAAGACCAUAGAUAAGAUCCUCAAGUGCAAACUUAACCUGCCUCCCUACCUCACCCUGGAUGCCAGGGACCUGAUCAAGAAGCUGUUGAAGAAGAAUCCCGCACAGAGGCUAGGCUCCAGUAAGGCAGACUAUGCUGACAUACAGAAGCAUCCCUUCUUCAGACACAUCAACUGGGACGAUCUGCUGAAUAAACGAGUGGAGCCACCGUACAAGCCCUGUCUGCAGUCAGAAGAGGACGUGAGUCAGUUUGACAGCCGUUUCACUCGGCAGACUCCGGUGGACAGCCCUGACGACAGCUCCCUGAGCCACAGUGCCGAGCACGCCUUCGCUGGCUUCACCUAUGUGGCUCCCUCGGUGCUGGAGAGUCUGAAGGAGGGGUUCUCCUUCGAGCCCAAAACCCGCCCCGUCCGGAGACUAAACAGCAGCCCGCGCACGCCCAUCAGUCCUCUCAAAUUUUCUCUGGCCGACCCGUUCAAAGCCAGCGGAGACGGGGAGGCAGUGGUGCCUGUUCAGGCCACGCCCCAACCCCCUGACAACUGUGCCACCCAGCCAAUCCGGACACCCGGCAGAACCAAGAAGCAGAAAGGCCACAGGAACGGCAGAUGAGGCCGGACUCAGCCUGCUGUGGUCUCUGCUCGGGGGGGGACCCUGUGUUUCUCACUGUUCAGUCUGCCUACACUCACUUCACUUCCAGGCCAAGGUGCUUCCUUCAUCGAGACAAUGUUUCUGCAAAGAGAUUUAACUCUAUUUUUGCAACAGUAGUUAAAAAUUAGUACGAGUCAUAUUUCUGUGAGUCAUAUUUCUACAGUGAUCAGUAUCUGUCAACAGCAAUGAGUACCAGACACAAAAAAAACCUGAAUGUUGUAUUUUUUUGCUAUCUGUCAGACACUGCUCUGUGGGAAGAUCUUAUCUAAACUCUGUGAGACUGUCCCACAGUCUGAGGAAAAAACUGGUCGAUCGAGUACAGAGUCCGCAGCCUCCUCCUUCUGUUACAGCCUUAAACAGGCUGUCUGUAAUGGUGCACACAGUGGUGUUAGGAGUGGAGCAGCAUUUUAGCCUGUUUACCCCACAGGGCAGGGGGCUAGCCCUGGAGGGCCGUCCUGCUGGGUGCCUCUGCCGGUGUCUGGGGGGGUGGGGUCGCUCGUUUGUGGGUGUGAACAGGGGAAACACAGGUUCUCUGACCUGACUCAGUCCCAGAGACAACCUGUGCCUGAGAAAAUUUUAAACCUUUUAUUUAUCAGACUACUGAUA